CAUGACGGCCAGCGUGAAUUCUUCGGGAAGUGUGAUUCGGAAGGUGUGGAAUGGCAUCGAGAAGAGAUGGGACUUGGUGUGGACGGCUCCUGAAAACGAAUGCGAUGUUUAUGGCAAGUGCGGGCCCUUUGGUAGCUGUAAUGCUCUGCAGUCGCCGAUCUGUACUUGUUUAAGAGGGUUUGAGCCCGUGAAUGAGGAUGAAUGGGGGAGAGGAAAUUGGACUAAUGGUUGUAGGAGGAGAAACCAGUUGCAAUGUGAAAAAGGAGAUCGAUUUCAGAGGUUGCAGUAUAUGAAGGUUCCUGACUUUGCUCAACCCUUGCCUUCUAGGGUGCAAGACGAAUGUCGGACCACAUGUAUGGCCAAUUGCUCCUGCUUGGCUUACGCUUAUGAUCUUAACAUUGGUUGUAUGUUUUGGAGCAAUAUCUUGAUUGAUGCUCAGGAGUUCGAUCGCAUUGGUGUUGAUCUCUACAUUCGUCUCUCUGCUUCUGAAUUCGAUAGCCACAAGGGGAGAAAGUUUUACAUCAUAAUUCCAGUAGCUGUGGGUUUUGUUUGCAUAUCUACUAUGAUCUUCAUUGCUUGGUGGUUGAUGGUAAAGAAGAAAGGGGACAAAGCAAAAGAUACAAGUAUUUUGGAAGCAGGACAUAUGUUCACGACGGAUUCAACUGCAAUGGUACUCAGAAAUGAAUCAAAGGAAGUCAAUAUUGGGGAGUUGCCAAAGUUCACUUUCGAGAUGCUUGCUAAUGCGACAAACCAGUUCCAUGAAGAUAAUCUUCUUGGGAGGGGUGGUUUUGGUCCUGUUUACAAGGGAGUUCUGGCGAACGGGAAAGAUAUUGCUGUAAAGAGACUAUCAACAGAUUCUGGACAAGGAGUGCAUGAAUUCAUGAAUGAAGUGAUUGUGAUUUCCAAACUUCAACACAGGAAUCUUGUCAAACUGCUGGGAGGCUGUGUUGACAAGGAAGAGAAGAUUCUGAUAUAUGAAUACAUGCCAAAUAAAAGCUUGGACGCUUGUAUAUUUGGUCCUACAAAUCCAACAAAGAAGUUGUUAGAUUGGAAAAUGCGUUACAACAUAAUCGAGGGCAUUGGGCGAGGCAUCCUAUAUCUUCACAGGGACUCCAGACUGAGGAUAAUUCACAGAGACUUGAAGCCAAGUAAUGUACUACUAGACCAAGAUUGGAAUCCAAAAAUCUCCGAUUUUGGCAUGGCAAGAAUAUUCGGAGGCAACGAAGACCAUGGCAGUACUGCAAGAGUCGUGGGAACAUAUGGAUACAUGGCGCCAGAAUACGCAAUGGAAGGCAGAUUUUCUGAAAAAUCUGAUGUAUACAGUUUCGGGGUGCUGAUUCUGGAGAUUAUAAAGGGCAAAAAGAACACACAUUAUUUCAAUGAUGAAUGGUCACUGAGCCUUAUAGGAUUUGCAUGGAAAAUGUGGAGUGAGGGUAAUGGUUUAAGCUUCUUGGAGGAAAGUAUAGUGAGUAGAGAGUCGGAGGAAGAGAUGAUUCGAUGCAUUCAAAUAGGGCUGUUGUGCGUCCAAGAAUCACCAAACAAUAGACCUACCAUUCAGAUAGCUUUGUCGAUGCUGAGCCGUGAAAUUGUUGAGCUGCCAGUGCCCAAGCAACCGGUGUUUGCCGAGAAUGGUUCGACACCAGGCGACGGAUCAACACACCAAAAUGGCUACUCUAAUAAUGACCUCACUCUCACUGUUCUUGAUGGCCGAUGACUGUGUUAUCUGAUGUAUGAUGUAUCAUAAUAUGCUUCCUUGCAUUAUACUACAAUUUUCUUUUCCUAGCUAGAGCUAUUUUCUGUUGUAUAUAUGAAAUUAGAGUACUUUUUUUGUGAUUGUGUA